ACAAUUAUGUAAUCCUCUCUCUAUGACUCUAUCUAUAUAUAUAUAUAUAACAACAUAACACACCUUAAUCAAACAAAGAAAACUAAAACAGAACACAAACAUCUCGCCAAGAACUCUCUGUUCUGUUCUUAUUGUUCAAGAAAACUUUUCUCUUGUUUUUCGAUUUGGUCAAGACUGAAAGAGCAGAUCAGAAACCAAACAUAAAUUGACAAAAGAAAAAAGAAAAAAGAAUGAAUGUUUACGAUGGUUUCAUGAUUUCGUCAACAGAAGAAGAAGGUGGUUUUGUUGGAGUUUCAGGAUCCUCAUCCUCUAUAUCCAUGUGUUCAUCUGAUUUAACAGAGGAUGCUUCUUCUUCAAAUGGGGCUUUUGACGAUCUAUCCGACCUCAUCUCUCAGCUCCCUAUCAUACACGUCAAGAAAGGAGGACUUUCAAAGUAUUAUGAAGGCAAAUCUGAGUCAUUCACAUCUCUAGCAAAUGUCACAUGCCUACAGGAUCUCGUGAAGAAAAGAGGAUCAAGAAUGAAUUCAAGUUGCAAAAGGGAUUAUUUCUAUGGACCAAAGGCCACAAUCUCCAUGAAAUCCACAAGAACAUCCUCAAGCCAUUCCAAUUGAAGAUUAAACUUUUAAAACCAUUUCAUAAUUCACCAAAAUCAGUUCAAUGACAUGACAAAAACAAACUUUAUGGGUUCAGUUUUAACAUUGUAUUUCAUUUGUAUACAAGUUGCCCAAGCUAAAUGAGAAAAUGUGAGAAUUUUUGGGCUAACGAACGCCUUUUCA